AUGUUCUUCAAGAAGCGCGACAAGGGCGCCGUCGCGGCAACGGCCACAACGACCGACCAGCCCGCCUCAUCGCGGUCGAGCAAGAUCCACGAUGACGAGGACCAGCAACAACCCGCCCAGCAUGCCCUCACUCACACCUCAACCACCCAACCCGAGAUCCAGUAUCCGACCGGCCUCAAGCUCUUCCUGAUCAUGCUCUCCAUCUUCAUGACUAUGUUCCUCGUCGCCCUGGACCGUCUCAUCAUCGCCACGGCAAUCCCCAGAAUCACUGACGAAUUCCACUCCGUCACCGACAUAGGCUGGUACGGCUCCGCCUACCUUCUCACGACCUGCGCCUUCCAGCUCCUCUUCGGCAAGCUCUACGCCUUCUUCUCCAUCAAGCACGUCUUCCUCUCGUCCGUGCUCCUCUUCGAAGUCGGCUCCGCCCUGUGCGGCGCCGCCCCCUCCAGCGUCGCCUUCAUCAUCGGCCGCGCCAUUGCGGGUAUCGGCGGCGCGGGCAUCUUCGCCGGGACUAUCGUCAUCAUGGUGCACUCCGUGCCGCUCCACCGUCGCCCAAAGUACCAGGGCGCCUUUGGCGCCGUCUUUGGCAUCGCGUCCGUCGUGGGCCCGUUGCUGGGCGGCGCGUUCACGAGCAAGGCGACGUGGAGGUGGUGCUUCUACAUCAACCUGCCGCUGGGCGGGGUUGCCUUGCUGGUGAUUGCGUUUGUGCUGAAGCCGCCGGACCAGGAGCUCAAGGAGUCGUCGCUGUGGGCCAAGCUGAAGCAGCUGGACUUUGCCGGGACGACGGUCUUUAUCCCCGGUGUUGUGUGUCUCCUCCUGGCAUUGCAAUGGGGAGGUGUCGAAUAUGCGUGGAACAACCCUCGCAUGAUCGCCCUUCUGGUCCUCGCCUUUGUCCUUCUCGUCUCCUUUGUCGGAAUCCAAAUCCUUCUCCCCGAAACCGCGACCGUCCCGCCCCGCAUCAUGCGCAACCGCUCCAUCGCCUUCGCCUCCUGGGCCGCCUUCUCCAUUGGCGGACAGAUGAUGAUCUUUGCCUACUUCAUCCCAAUCUACUUCCAGGCCAUCCAGGGCGUCUCCGCCGUCGACUCCGGCAUCCGCACCCUCCCGCUCGUCCUCUCCAUGACCGUCUUCGCCGGCGUCUCGGGCGGCAUCAUCACCCGUACCGGAUACUACACCCCCGUCAUGCUCGUGGGAACCUGCAUCAUGGCCAUCGGCGCCGGCCUCCUCACCACCCUCCAAGUCGACACCGGCGCGGCAAAGUGGGCCGGGUACCAGGUCAUCUACGGUGUCGGCAUGGGCAUGUGCUUCCAGGCGCCCAACCUCGCCGCGCAGACGGUCCUGAAGAUGAAGGACGUGCCCGUGGGCGCGAGUAUUAUGUUCUUCUCCCAAACCCUGGGCGGCGCCAUCUUCAUCUCGGUCGGGCAGAACGUGCUCAACAACGAGCUCGUGAAGCGCAUCAGAGGCCUCCCGGGGCUUGAGGGGGUCAACCUCCAGGGGUCCGGGGCGACGACUCUGACGGAGCUGCCGGCGGCCGUGAGAGGGCCCGUGCUGGUGGCCUACAACGACGCUCUGAGGGUCGUCUUCAUAGUCGGGUUGGUGCUGGUUUGCUCUGUGAUUAUCGGCGGGGCCGGGAUGGAGUGGAAGAGCGUGAAGACGGGAGAACAGGCGAGGAUAAAGGCCAAACAAGACCUCGAGGCGGCCGAGGCCGGGGCCGCUGUGGGUGGCAUUUCAGGGGUCGGUGCGGCCGCUGUGGCUGGGGAGGCGCGAAAAGAUAAGGAAGCGGACGAGGACAGCGAGAAGGAGCUCGACGACGAAAAGGUUCGGGAACGAAGUGUGGAUGGCGGUGUUGCUUCAGAGAAGACGGAAACAGGGUUGGACAUCAACCCGGUAUCCCGCCAGGAGGAUGAGAUGACCAUUGUCGGGUCGGAGCCUGGAGCGACGAAGAAAAACUAG